AGGAUGGUACUCAAAAGAAAACUUUAUUGGAUUGAAUAAUAAAACCGUUCGAUCAUACUCUGCUUAUAAACGAGAACAUCUUGUAGAAACUUUUUUGGGUUUUUUGAAACCUUAUAAAGGUAUCGAAAAUAUGGAAUCUUGUAAGCAAAAAUUCGAUGUUAAAAUUGCAAUUUUUCUUGAUACUUUUCUUGAUCGUGUUGAAACCACUGAUAACAAUGAAAUUGAAAAUCAUUGGAGAUUAAUUAAACAUGAUUACCUUUCAGAAUAUAAUCGUGUACGCUUAGAUUUACUAGCCUAUAUUAUUGUAACACAAGUUAUACCUGGACAAGUUGAUCAAUUACAGCAAUUAAGAGAUGAAAAUCUUUUCUUAACAGUUUUAAAUAAACUACUAACAGAAUAUAUGUUGGAUGAAAAGGCUUUAGUCAACGAUAAUUUUGAUGAACAAUCUAGUGACUACGAUACUUCUAAUAAAGAAGCUUUAGAACUUAUAAAUCACAAAAAAGAACUUUAUUCAUUAAUGAAACGUGUUAAAUCAAUUAUUGAGGAGAAUACUCAAAAUCUGAAUGCUGAUAAAUAG